AUGACAAUAGGUUUUCUUCCACUGCUUCAAAAAGCUUCGCAGACUCAAUAUGGAUAUUCUGGAACCGUGAUUAACAUAUCAUCUAUUUCCGGCAUCGUCCAAUCUGCUCAACAUCAUUUUGGAUACAACGCCAGCAAAGCCGCAGCUAUCCAAUUGACGAAGAUGCUUGCCUCAGAGGUUGCGGAGAACGGAUUGAAGGUUAGAAUUAACAGCAUUGCACCAGGCGUAUUCCCAAGCGAGAUGACUGCAGGUGGAAAGAGUGGAGAGGAUCAAAAGAGUCAUCUUGAGAAGGAGAAGUACGAGAAGGUUCCCGCGAGAAGACCGGGUAAGGAUGAAGAUAUGGCUAAUGCUGUCUUGUUUGCGGCUACCAAUCAGUAUUUGAAUGGUCAGACGGUGGCUGUUGAUGGUGGAUAUAUCUUGCAUGCUGCCGUUGCCAAAUAUCGGAAACUUUCGGGAGGGAAACCUGUUGAUAGAAAUAACGGGCUGAGACUAGCCUUCUCUAACGCCGCACUACCGACAGAUCAUGUCCAAGCACCGCGAGUGUCGUUCAAAAAGUCCGCAACUCGGUAA